AUGGGCUGGUUUUCCUCGUCGACGCCCGCCGGCCCCAAGCCGUCGUCGGACGGUGCUUUCGAAGCGCCCGACCGAUCCAGCCGCGCGCAAUGCUGGGAGGCGCGCGACGCCUUUUUCCAGUGUCUCGACCAACACAACAUCAUCGACAGCGUCACCAACAAGGACGAGGCCGCGGCGCACUGCGCCCGCGAGGACAAGGCAUUCGCGCAGAAUUGCGCCAGCAGCUGGGUGCAAUACUUCAAGAAGCGACGAGUCGUCGAGCACAAGAAGGAGCAGACGCUGAAACAGCUCCAGGCCGAGGGCGCCAGGCCGCUGUCGCAAAGCCAAGCGUGA